AAACAGUAGUGCUCCUGAUGAUAUGGCUAAUCCGCUUUUUGGGGAGGAACAGCUAGAUCCUAUGUUUAAUAGUACUUAUUUUUACAAACAAGAAGAGGGUUAUGAAUGAAAGUGCCCCAAUCGAGCUGGCUCUGACAAAAAGCCCUCAAAAAGGAGAAUAAGCCAAAAGGAUUCGCAUCUAUUAAUAUCGACGGCCACAAAGACCCAAAAUAAUGAUAUGAAUGACCCAACCAUGAAAGAGAAUAAGUCUACUCAAAACCUGGCAAAAACCAAACCAAUUUUCCGUAAAAUGGCUGAGAAGUGACCAAAGAGUAAUAUUAAGCCCAGAAAAAUGCUAAGAAAUCAACCUGGCCAGGAAGUAAUGAAAAUUCCCAGUAAAAUAGAAGAACAAUCAAAGGAGGAGGAAAAGUCCCUCUCAAAUAAAGAGAUGAAGCAUCACGAAAAAGAACCCUUAAGUCUCAGAAAGGAUGUGGUUUAUAAAACCCUUAUUCGUUCCCUAAAGAGAAGAGUCACCGAAAAAUGCGACUUAUCAUUACAAAAAGGAUGGUCAAAAUGUGAUAAAGAGAAAGCUUACUUCUCUGAAGUGGAUAAAUUAUUUCUCGAAUCCUACUCUACAUUCUUUCCUACAGAACAAAACAGAAACAUAAUAGAGCUGAUCACCGACCGUGAGUUUAUGAGAGUGGACAAGUUCAACGUGUUCAACAAAGAGAAUACGAAGAUUUACUUGUGCUUGCUAAUAAUACCUGAGGUGAUCAAGCCAUAUUUGAAGAACCAGAAGAGAAGAUGCCAGCAUAAAUUAAUUUAUGACUGACUUUACAAAUACUCCCAUAAGAAGUUAGAUAAGCUACUCCAGUCUGAGUUCUUCAGCUUCUUGUUUAAGCAAUAUGUGGACUCAGGAGACUUCGAGAGGAUGCUACAACAAGACAAGACACUUGAAAAACAUAGAGAUGCUUAUAAGCAAGCCUGAGAGUACUUUUUAUCUAAAAUAAACUAGCCAGUCUGAUUAACCGCUUUAA